AUGGCGAAUCUCGAGCAUGACACUUCGCGCGACGAAGAGAUCGCACGCCAACUACAAGCCCAGUACGACCAAGGAAAUGGACAAUCGAUUGCUUUUGCACAACCAGUCACGCAACUUGAUAUGCAACUCAAUUGCGGUGAUUGCGGUACUACACACGUUGUGCGCAGUGUGACCCAUGGUUCGACAUUUUAUUGCACAGUAUGCAGUGCACAAAACAAGAUUUUGAUGGGCCAUCGCGUCCCCGUUGUAGUUGGGCGCUCGUACAGCUUCGUUCCAGUCCCGAUCAUCUGCAAUAGUAACUGUCUCUCCCUUUAA